ACCGGAAGUCAGACUCUUAAUUUGGCCAACCAAUUGCUCUCUGUUUUAUUUAAUUAUUUAUUCAUUUAGCCAGAAAAUUCGCAAUUUUGUGAGAGCAUUUCUUAAAAUUGAUAUUGAUUUUACACGCUUGUUUAGACAAUAAAAUUUAAUUGACAAAAUCUAUAUGAUAAUGAUAACAAUAUCCGAACCUAAGCAGCUCGGCUAGACAAGAGCAUGAAUGAGGGAAUUAGGGAAAGUGCAUAUGCAGAGUUAAAAGCACUCGGUGUUUACCAGCAUGCAGGGUGUUAAAGUACCAGUGUCGGUGAAAGUGGACAUUAAUGUGCUGCUGGUUGCAGUCACAGCCUGUAGCCUCCUGACCAGACUGUACGGUAUCCAGUUUCCCAGAGGGGUCGUCUUUGACGAGGUUUACUAUGGACAGUUUGUGUCUCUGUACAUGAAGAGGGUGUUUUUUUUUGACGAGAGUGGACCUCCUUUAGGACACAUGAUCCUGGCACUUGGAGGCUAUCUAGGGGGAUUUGAUGGCAAUUUUGUCUGGAACAGAAUAGGAGCAGAAUACACCAGUAAUGUUCCUGUAUGGACUCUCCGAGUGAUACCUGCAUUGGCUGGGUCAUUGUUGGUUCCCCUCGCCUACCUCCUCACGGUGGAACUGGGUUGUUCUCACUUCACUGCGCUUGGAGCUUCAGUACUGCUCAUUUUAGAGAACUCGUUGAUUGUGCAGUCUCGCUUCAUGCUCCUGGAGUCAGUGCUUAUCUUUUUCUUGCUGCUUGCUGUUGUGUCUUAUCUGCGCUUCCACAAUGCACCAAACAGUUCUUUAAGCAGGUGGUUGUGGCUUAUGGUCUCUGGGGCCAGUUGUUCAUUUGCAGUAGGAGUAAAGUAUAUGGGUCUCUUCACCUACCUGCUGCUACUCAGUCUGGUGGCAGUUCACACCUGGCGUGUCAUUGGAGAUAAAACCUUAAGCAAUGGGAAAGUGUUGCUGCAGGUUCUGGCUCGCUUCCUGUCCUUAGUGGUGCUUCCAGUUUUUCUGUAUUUGGGAUUUUUCUACAUACAUCUAUCCCUACUGCACCGUAGUGGACCACAUGACCAGCUGAUGAGCAGCGCUUUUCAAGCCAGUCUAGAGGGUGGCUUGGCCAGGAUCACUCAGGGUCAGCCUCUGGAGGUGGCGUUUGGUUCCCAAGUGACCCUUCGCAGUGUAUCCAGCAAACCUGUUCCAUGCUGGCUUCAUUCUCAUAAAGCCAACUAUCCGAUCAGAUACGAAAAUGGACGUGGCAGUUCGCACCAGCAGCAGGUGACCUGCUACCCCUUCAAAGAUGUCAACAACUGGUGGAUUAUCAAAGAUCCAAGAAAGCAGAGCCUUGUGGUGAGCAGUCCACCCAGACCUGUCAGACACGGCGAUAUUAUACAGCUGCUGCAUGGCAUGACCUCACGGUUCCUCAACACGCAUGAUGUUGCAGCUCCUAUGAGCCCUCACUCUCAGGAAGUGUCUGGCUACAUUGACUUCAAUGUGUCCAUGCCAGCCCAGAAUCUCUGGAGAGUGGACAUCACAAACCGUGAGUCUGACCGAGACUUGUGGAAGACUAUUCUGUCAGAGGUGCGGCUGAUCCAUGUCAACACUUCUGCAGUGCUGAAGCUGAGUGGCACAUCUCUUCCAGACUGGGGGUUUCAUCAGCUGGAGGUGGUGGGUGAUAAGGUCUAUAAAGGCUACCAGCAGAGCGGUGUGUGGAACGUUGAAGAACAUCGCUAUGGCAGAAGUCAGGAACAACGGGAGAGAGAACUUGAACUUAAGUCUCCUACUCAUGUUGACUUCAGCAGAAACCUCACAUUUAUGGCUAAGUUCAUGGAACUGCAGUGGAAGAUGCUGACUGUAAGAAGUGAAGAGUCAGAACACAAAUACAGCUCUUUACCCCUUGAAUGGAUCACCAUGGACACCAACAUCGCAUACUGGCUUCAUCCGUCAACCAAUGCCCAAAUCCACUUGAUAGGAAACAUAGUCACCUGGACGCUUGCAAACCUUGCUCUUCUUGUCUAUGUAUUCCUGUUUUUGACUUAUCUUCUGAGACGACGGCGGAACAUAGAGGACAUCCCUGAAGCCUCUUGGGAGCAGCUGGUGCUGGCGGGUGUUGUGUGCUCUGGAGGAUGGGCUGUUAAUUACCUGCCUUUCUUUCUGAUGGAGAAGACAUUAUUUUUGUACCACUAUCUCCCAGCUCUCACUUUCCAAAUUCUGCAGAUCCCUGUUGUUGUGGAGCACCUGUACACUUACACACUGAGAUCACCAGUGUAUCAGAAGGCAUUUGGUGGAGUAAUCAUGGCAGCUUUGUGCUCUGUGUAUAUUUGCUAUCGCACCUUUAUCCCCCUCACGUACGGCCAGCCUGAGCUCACGUCUGAGAAGCUGAAUGCACUGCGAUGGAGGGACAGCUGGGAUAUACUUUUCCAUAAACACUGAUGAAGCUUUCCUCUUUGAAACACUUCCUAGAACACAUUAACAAAAUUGAAACCGAUGGAAUUUCAGUGCGUUAGAUAUGAAAAGAUGAGUAGUUAAAUCAUGAUUUUUAUUAGAAUGUGCUUAAGAUGCUGUAUAAUAAGGUACUUGAGCCUCAUGAGCCUAAAUGAUUUUAAAAUAACGCAAGAAUCUAUGUUCUUGGAAACUAAUGUGCCUAUAAUAUUGUAGGGUUUCGUCUUAAGAGCUGCUAAAUCUGAACAUGUUCUAUUUACUAAGAAUGAAAUAUUUUUGGUAUAAAAUUUGCAUUAUCUAAAGUAGUGUAGCAAGCAACUGUAUCACUGUUAACUAUGUAUAUAUAGCAAAUGAAAGCAUUACAGCUUCACUUUUGUUUGUACUUGAUCUCAGAGUUUUUUAAACUUUGCACAACACUAAUCAGUGGUACUUGAAAAUAGUAAAUAAAUGUUUUUCUAAACUUUA